UGCUUUCCACCACGCCAAGAUGCUGACGCUUCUCACGUAUCUGAUGCUGUUUUUAGUGUCAGCCCAUGGAGGGAAGGCGGAGGAACCAAAGGAGGACGCCAUGGUACAGGAGCUGAUCACACUCUCCUCCAACCUUCACGACAAGCUGAGUAAUGGCACGGCGAAGGUCACGGAGGCGCUGCGCAAUAUGACACUUACCAUGCUGGACUCCAAACCUGGGGACUCCUGCCUCGUGUUCCGCUUGUCCGGUGGAGCCUGUGUUGUGGAAUUCAAGAUAGCUCGCCUCUCCACUGCAAUUCCGAUGAUGAUGAAUUUCCUGCCGAAGGUUCACAGCUGCUCGAGUCUGGUGAAGGCCUUCCUGCCGGUGCUGUACAACCCGUGCUUCUGCCCCAACCUCGCCGUCCACCCAAGCUGUCCAGGAGUGGUGCAAGAUAUGAUGAAUGCCUUGAAAACUAUGUGCUAGUCUGUUUGUUUCUUUGUCUACCUGUCUUUCUUUGUCUGUCUUUCUCUCUUUUUCCUUGUCUGUCAUUCUCUCUUUCUUUCUCUGUCUUUCUCUCUGUCUUUGUCAUUCUCUCUGUUUUUGUCUGUCAUUUUCUCUCUGUCUGUCUAUCAUUCUCUCUGUCUUUCUGUCUUUCUCCCCCUUUCUUUCUGUCUUUCUGUGUCUGUCAUUCUCUGUCUUUGUCUGUCAUUCUCUGUCUCUAUGUUAUUCUAUCUGUCUUUGUUAUUCUCUUUGUCUUUCUUUGUCAUCUUCUUUAUAUCUUUCUGUCUUUCUUUUUUCUGUCUUUCUCUGUCUUUGUCAUUCUCUCACUGCCGUCUGUCUCCCUCUCUGUCUGUCAUUCUCUCUCUCUCUCUCUCUCUCUCUCUCUCUCUCUCUCUCUCUCUCUCUCUCUCUCUCUCUCUCUCUCUCUCUCUCUCUCUCUCUCUCUCUCUCUCUCUCUCUCUCUCUCUCUCUCUCUCUCUCAAAAGUUGUUAUUGACCACCGUAUAAGACCAAAACUACGGACGAUUUAGAGGCAACGUGUCAUGAAAACUAAGGUUCCAUUGGUGUUCUGGCCUGUUAUUUUAAUCCUGACGUGAUUAAUGCUAUACCUGUAACGUAAAGGUGAGGCGAAGCACCUACGUAAAUGUCAGGUGAUAUAAUCUAGCGGGAGACAGAAGGGUGAUCAUCAAACAUUAAGGGUGAUUCUGACUCACGCCUCGAUGAUACCAAUGCAGGGAUGUGCCAGAGUAAAUAGUAAAUUGCCAAACGUCACUGGAGCUCUGGUGAAUAAAAAAAAAAAAAUAAUUGUAGCUUUUUUUUUUUUCUUGUUUCAUUGUGUUUCUUGUACUGUGGUUCAUUUUUCUUUUUUUUCGGAGUAGUGUGGAAUAUUUGUGUUUUGUGUUGUAUUUUUGUAUCUUAAGUAUUGUCUAUGGUGUUCAUUUUUGUUAAUGAUAAGUAGAGAAAAUGAUAAUCUACUUUUUUACGUGUCGGAGAGACUGGCCAGGAAAAAAAAAAAAAAAAAAAAGGUAUAUGGUGGAGCCCGUACAAUUUCCUUCUUCCUUCCCCCCCCCAAAAAAAAAACAGUAGAAUAAAAACAAUAGGAAAAAAAAUUAUAACCCUGGCCAGUUUCGUUUCAGAGGUGCCUGGAUGAUUCUAUUUUAUAUUCUGUUAUAUGGAUUUCCUUUUUAUUUAUCCAGUUCGAUUUAUUUAUGCAUUAUUUCUUAUUAUUUUGAAGCCUUGACUGACAUAUGCUAUAAUAUUCCAUGCAAUAUCUUUUUUUUUUUUUUUUUAUACGAGAGGUCACGAUAAAAAAAAAUAAAUCAAAUUAAACAUACAAAAAUUGAUAACUAAUUUUGAUACUUUAAUGCUGUUUUAUUUAUUUAUUUAUUUAUUUAUUUAUUUAUUUAAUUUUUGCACCAUAAUCCGUUCUUUGUGUUUUAAUUUCUGUGGAUGGUUAUUCGCGUGUGAUUGUGUGACGCGGACCAGUGUGGUGUGCCAGUGUUAUGGUCCUAGUGUGGUGGUGCAAUGGUACGUGCUACUGCCUGGUAUUUAAUAAUGUACUACCCCCUUCUCUGGAUGGUACGAAUUGUGAGAGAAGAGUGCCUUGGGAUUGACUGACUGACUGAUUGUUUAACUGCAUGACUGAGUUACUGAUUGUUUGAGUGAGUGAGUGAGUGAGUGACUGACUGACUGACUGACUGACUGACUGACUGACUGACUGACUGAAUGAAUGACUGACUGACUUAGGAACCCACAACAAGACCAUUUAAAAUCAGAAAAACAAGACAUGAUCAUUUUAUUUUUACAUUCAGAUGGCUAAUGUUGUUUUCAUUUAUUCAGUUACUAUCAUAUGCCUUUGUAUUUAGAUUAUUACUAUUAUCUCAGACUAUUAUUAUUGCUAUUAAACUUUUAUUCAGCUGUUACUAUUAAACUUUUGUAAAUUCAUGGUACUCUUCCCCCAUGAAGCUUGAGCAGGAGAAAUAUUUAGAUACACAGGAAGAUUUAAAGGCUUCGGUAUAAUCUGUAUUCUAUUUUAGAGCCGGAAAUUGCGUGGCCUUGAUAUCCGGUGUGUAUUUCCUGAUUAAUAUUUUAUUGUGGAAUGAGUUUUUCUUCUUACGUGAAAUUUGUACUGUAUGUAUUAUUCUGUGUAGUGUGUGUGUGUGUGUGUGUGUGUGUGUGUGUGUGUGUGUGUGUGUGUGUGUGUGUGUGUGUGUGUGUGUGUGACGUGAUUAAUAUUUUGUAGCGUAAUAUUUUUUUUUGUUAUUUGAAAUUUGAACUAUGUGUAUUAUUUUGUGUAGUGUAGUACAGUGUAGUGUGUGUGUGUGUGUGUGUGUGUGUGUGUGUGUGUGUGUGUGUGUGUGUGUGUGUGUGUGUGUUGCAUUUUUCACAUAUCUUUGCUUGCACCAACAGUGUGUUUUACUGAUGCAUUGUUUUCAUCAAAAGUGACUUGUAUCGUCGAGAAUGGAAUUUGACUCCCUAUAUUUGCUUUGGAAACGAAUCACAGGCCUCGCUUUUCCAAAUAAAUGGCAUUGUUGCGAAAAUGGAACACAAAAACGCUAUAGCAAAUAUUUGUAGACUCCUGCACUUCACUUCCUGCCCCAGAAGUCUAUUAUAGAAACGUGCAUUUUUCCUUUCCCCCCACUUUUUUUUUUUUUUUUUUUACCCCUGAUAAUACUAAUGCCAAAACUGUACCUAUGUUAGAAUUUUCACACAGAAGCUACAUUCACAAAAAAUUCAACCAUACAUACAGUGACACAUACAGACAGACACACACCAUAUAUAUGCAAGUGUCGUUUUGUUGUCAAACGUGCGACUCAGCGCUUUUAUGAAGAACACAGGAAACUAAUAAAUUUUGGACCGGCAAACGGGAGAGUGAGCAUACGUAGGGUGUAGGAUGUAGGGUGGAGGAUGAGGGGCGAGUGACGUGUGGCCUGAGGGUUGUGAGGUGUAGGGUGAGUGAAGGACGAGUAAGGACGAGUCUAACUGGUUUGUGAAUAUUAAUGUGGAGAUAUGUGACCCUCUGUUUGAGAGAGAGAGAGAGAGAGAGAGAGAGAGAGAGAGAGAGAGAGAGAGAGAGAGAGAGAGAGAGAGAGAGAGAGAGAGAGAGAGAGAAUAAUUACUAGAAAACUGAGCUCCAUCCCAUUUGUCAUUACAGUUCAAAUAUAUUGUAAACUAUAACAAAAAUUUCUUGUAACAAACAAUUUUAGCUGAAAACUGAAGAAUCUUUGGAGAGGGGAAAAAAAAUAACAAAAAAAAAAAGAAAAUAUAGAUGGAGAUGUUACAGCAAAACCUUCAAUAACAAAAACCAAAGAAGGAAAGAAGAAAACAAAGAGAAAACAACAAAGCAAUUAAACACACACACACACACACACACACACACACACACACACACACACACACACACACACACACACACACACACACACACACACACACACACACACACACUGACAAAUCAAGCGAGAGAAAGAAAGAGAGAAAAAUGGAGACGAAAAAUCAAUUGAAAUCUAAAACACAGAAGUAAACGGAGAGACUUGAUUUCCCAGCGGUGAGAAGGGCCGGCAGGACACCCGAGUCAUUAUAACGAUGUGAGGACCUUGUGUGGCGGGGAAAUGUGUGCUGUUUGGACCCCGGCCGCCUCCCCAGUGUAAGACCAGCGUUGGCUUGCUAAUGCUACUUUGUGUUGGCAGUGGAUGAGAAAUUUCCGUUUUCUUUAGUGUUAUGGUACAUAGGGUAACUGUUUUCUUUUGUUUUUUGAUGUACUUUUCACAGGUUAGUGUUGUAUUACUAAUGUGUUGUUGUGUUGGUGGUGGUUUACGGUGUUUUUGCGUUUUCUUUGGUUUUAUAGUGUAUUGGUUAACUCUUUUGUUGUUUAUGUAUUUUUUUCUGAUCAUAUUUCAAAUUGAUCUGUUUACUUGCGUAUUUUUCAUUCAAGUAUUUAUGUUUUUUUUAAUUUUUUUAUUCCGUUUUCUUCAAUGCCCUUAUCCAGAGUAACUUAAAAUUUUCUUCCCCUUACCUUUUUUUUUUUUUCAUAAUUUUUGUAUAUUUGUGAAUACGUAUCCGUCUUUCUCUCGUCUUAUCCAUCUAUCUUAUCUACAUAUUUCCUUAUUUUUUAAAACAUAGAAAUUUUUCACAUAAUUUUAUAUUAGAAUUUUUAAACUGAACUAAAAUAUAUAAAGUAUGAUCAGGUA